UGUAAAACCUACCUACCCAUCCAUAUUACCUGAGGUCGGUUGGGAGUCUGACCCAGGUUGACUUCACCUAAGUUUCGAGUCCCAGCGCUGAUAUCGCCUCACCUCUGGACCAGGGGUUUUUUUUUAAACGCGCAACUUCCGCCAAGCCUUCACUGGCCCAUGACAACCGUCUCCCAAUGACUGAAAACGGCAAGAGAAAGGACGUGCCAACCGGCGGGUCGGCGCAAGAGCGAUCGAAGAAGAAGAAGACAGGAAACGCGGGCAAAUGGAAGACGUCUCACCAGCAGGCCAAACUCGCCCUGAACCAGGACGCCAACCUCCAGCCAGGAGACACGGGUAUCUGGAUCACCUGUGCCAGGCACCAGGAGCGUAAGGCGGCGAGGGAGAUAGGCGUAUUAUUUGCCGAGUAUGCGGCGAAAAUGUACGGCAUAGGAUCCGUCCACGAUACGCAGGCAGGUGAACUCAGAGACGGUGGCGAAGCGGAAGAAGACAUCGAGGCAGCCAUUCAGAAGGAAGUAGCUGCCCUGACGUCAGGGACUUCAAAUACCGCCGCCGGGCCCAAUGCCGGGGGUGCCAACCUAAUGCAGCCCACGAAGAUGAAUGUCGACUGUCUGCUGUUUGUCAAGACACAGCCGCCUGUCGACCCCGUGGCACUCGUGCGGCGGAUCUGCGAGGAUGCAAAGAGCUGCAAUGAGCACCCGGGCUUGAUGAGAUGUCGGUAUGUGAACCGGCUAACGCCUAUGAGCAUCACGGGGAAAGCGACGGAGCAGGGCAUUGUUGAGGUAGCGAGGAAGGCGCUGGCGCCGUGGUUCGAUAUGAGUGGAAAACGGGGCGUCGGCGCAGGGGAAUCAAAGGGAGAGCCAUCGGAACCGGCAAAUACAGGCGAAGGGCAGUCAGCGGCACAGGUCGACGGGAGCAACGUUGCGAUCGAAUCAGCGGCCAACGCGAAGACGGAAGGUAGUAGCAGCGAUAUUCCAACUUCAGGACCUGAGAAGAAACCAUUCACGUUUGCCAUCCGGCCAACCAUCCGUAACCACAGCAAUCUGAAGCGAGAUGUCGUGAUUCACACCAUUGCAGGCCUUAUCAACGACGAUCGGCAUAAGGUCAAUCUAACAUCGCCUGACAAGGUGAUAUUGGUUGACGUCUACCAAACGGUAUGCGGGAUGAGUGUGGUCGACGGCGACUGGGACGAGCUCAAGCGUUUCAACCUCACGGAGCUGUACAGUCAGGCGCGAAAUGUCCAGAGCGCCGAGACAUCGAAACACAGCGAAUAGUACAGUACACUACACUACUAGUGUAGUAGUGAAGAGGCCGGUUCGUGGCGGCAACAUGGGAAAUCCGAAAGGCGCAUCAUUUCGGGCAUUGCCGUUGGAACAAGACCGAGAUGGGGCCGACUGCAAGGGCCGGGCGCUAAGCCCUAUUCGAGACAAAUUUGACGAGCUGUGCGCCUCUCCGGCCCGUGAGUGUUGUUGACCCCGGCUAAUGGCGUUCCAACGGCGCGGGACUGGUUGCCGUAAUCCUUCGGUGCUUCCACUAGACUCUUGGCUCUUCCCGUGGAAGAUACGUAAGUUGCAGUACUGCGCGGUUCUGUGUGUAGCACCUUUCAACCAGAUGUGAUACGUCACAACAAAGACGGUCUUGGUGUCUUCCUACCUGAGGUUCGGAAGAAAUGGCCAGAGUGCACCGGUUUCACUUACUACCUUACAUACACUAGUUAGGUACUGCGGUCACUUCGGAUCAUUUGCAGCAAUCAUAUCCCUU